AUGUGCAAGGGAACAUUGGCAGCGAUCCCGGGAUACUGGGGAUCGGAUUUCAUGGAGGAUGACGGAGUGUAUUCAGGAAUCUUCCUAGACUUUGACGAUAAUGGCAGAUACAGCGUUACUGUAAAUGUUCUUGGUACAAGCACAACAGUGCCUUACUCGACCAGAAAACGACGGGCCGUUACUCCAACCCCACGAUCUGAUUCCUAUCCAUUCAUGCGAUCAGCAUCAGGUGGGGUCUUCGUUGUGGAUAACUUCACCCCAAAUGCUCCGGAUAUCUUAUCUCCAUCUCGUAUCCAGGAUCUUGCAUAUUCUUCAUUCUCCUAUGAGAAUGCAUCGGUCGUUCUCACUUGGACGGCUGUGGGAGAUGAUCUGGACCAAGGAACAGCAUCUGAGUAUGAGCUGAGGUACUCCAACGACAUCGAUUUUCUGAAGUCAAACUUUACUGAAAGUCCACUGGUUGUCGAACAACAGAUCCUUGAUGGAAACCUGUCUUGGAUAUCUCCCGCUGGUCACUCAGAGAUAUUGACAAUCCUCCUUCCUGUCCUAACAGGCAAUCACAAUUAUUACUUUUCUAUCCGAGCAUUGGAUGAAGCAGGCAAUAAAGGAGCAAUAUCCAACAUUGUUUCCGUGCCGAUCAUAGAACCACUUCUUGUUAACCCAUCAGUCCCUGUUACGAAUUAUACUGACAGUAUCACUGUCACAGAAUCGUCCACAGAGAGGACUCCUUCUCAAAUGUUUUCUGAUAUCUCAACUGAUGAGCUAUCAACGUCCUUACCUGGGAACACUGAUUACACAAGCGAGGGUCUUCGGACAACCGAUGCAAUGACUGGGCCAGCGACAAGCCCGGUUACCAGGGACAAGUCCUUAGUCACGACUGAUAACACAACCUCCAUUCCUGUUUCUACAUAUCCUGCAAAUGCAGGUACAUACUCUUCCGUUUCAGGUACAGUUCAAGUUGAAACUCAGGAACCAAAGACAUCAGUUGAACGGAGUACCUUAUCCUGGACUACAAACUCUAGGAUCACAACCGACAAUGAUUCCUUAAACACGACACAAAAGACCACUUCCACACCUAAUUCUACAGAUCUUUCUACCAGAAGUGCACACUCGUCCGUUUCGGGUACAAUUCAAGUUGAAACUAGGAAGCCAAAAACAUCGCUAGAAAGUGGUACUCAGUCUCAUUCCGCGUCAACAAUGUCUAAGCAACCCAUAACUGCCAGCACUUCUCUUGCAGGUGUAUCCUCGACCAAUUACCUCUUAAGUACGUCCAAUCCUAGUCACACGGAGCCACGAGUGAAAACAGAUAGCACCCUAUCUUCAACAGAAGGACGUGAAGGGUCGUACCCAACAGAUCCAGUUGUUAGAGAAACACCGUACCCGACAGUAGUUGAUACAGAAAGCACGUCAACGAAAGGAAACGAAGUAUCAGACACAACCGAACGUCAGGAAACUAAAGAACCGGCAGACCUUGGCCCCGCCCUCGCCAUUAGCAUGACCAUUAUCCUGGUGGCUUUUGGUGGUAUCCUUGGUGCAGCAUUUGGGGUUGCCUAUCACAAGAAGAGACAAGCCAGGAUAAGACCCAGAGAUGAUGCCGCAGAAAGCUACCAAUCUGAAAAUAACAACUCUCUUGAAUACCUGAAUAAUGAUAAUUCGUCCGAACAUUCCCAAGCAUAA